UCUUGUGUAAGCGUUAGCUUAACUGUUAUGAAGGCUCAAGGCUGACGGUAUACUGAGCAUGCCAUCACCACUGAAGGUGCCCGAAUACCAUUUGUUAAGGAAUUUAAGUUAAAGCGAAGGCUUCACUAGAAGCGAUUGUUGUUAUUCUUGCUGUCAUUGUUUAUAUCGAGAACACUGAGAUUGCACAAUCAUGAUGAACAGGACAUUAGCGAAGAAACUUCUGGACUCCAUGUGUGGGAUGUCCAGCCCUCGACUGAGUUACACUCAAACAGCCGUGAACACUAUACAGAAAGAGCUGAUCAAAAGUAGGGAACUGGAAAAGGAUGAGCUCAGACCUCUGUAUAUGGACUUUCAGGCCACCACACCCAUGGACCCUAGGGUUUUGGAUGCCAUGCUUCCCUAUCAAGUGAAUUACUACGGCAACCCACAUUCCAGGACCCAUGCUUAUGGAUGGGAGAGUGAGAGCGCCAUGGAAAAAGCAAGAAAACAAGUAGCAGAUCUGAUUGGAGCUGACCAGAGAGAGAUUGUGUUUACCAGUGGUGCAACCGAGUCCAACAAUAUGUCAAUCAAAGGUGUGGCCCGGUUUUAUAAGGCUAAGAAAAAGCACAUCAUCACCACACAGACCGAACACAAGUGCGUGCUGGACUCCUGCCGUGUUCUGGAGGCAGAGGGUUUUGAUGUAACCUAUUUACCUGUGAAAAAUAAUGGGCUCAUUAACCUUGAGCAAUUAGAGGAAAUGAUCCGUCCAGAUACAAGCUUGGUUUCAGUCAUGACUGUCAACAAUGAGAUUGGUGUCAAACAACCAAUCAGAGAGAUAGGUCAUCUGUGUAGAUCCAAGAAUGUGUUCUUCCACACUGAUGCUGCCCAGGCUGUUGGAAAGAUUCCCAUUAAUGUCACUGACUGGAAAGUGGAUCUGAUGUCCAUAAGUGCCCAUAAGAUCUAUGGGCCCAAAGGAGUUGGGGCUUUGUAUGUCAGGAGAAGGCCCAGAGUUCGUAUUGAGCCUUUGCAGAGUGGAGGCGGUCAGGAGAGGGGCCUGCGUUCAGGUACUGUGCCCACCCCUCUAGCAGUGGGCCUCGGAGCUGCCUGUGAGAUUGCCCAACAAGAGAUGGAGUAUGAUCACAAGCAUGUGACGAUGCUUGCAAAUCGCCUCAUACAGAAGAUCAUGUCUGAGAUUCCUGAUGUUGUGCUGAAUGGAGACCCAGAGCAGAAAUACUCAGGAUGCAUUAAUUUAUCAUUUGCCUACAUUGAGGGGGAGAGCAUGUUGAUGGCCCUAAAAGAUGUGGCGCUUUCAUCUGGAAGUGCCUGCACUUCUGCUUCCUUGGAGCCCUCAUAUGUACUCAGGGCAAUGGGAACAGAUGAGGACUUGGCACACUCUUCUAUUAGGUUUGGAAUCGGAAGAUUUACCACGGAGGAGGAAGUAGACUACACAGUGGAGAAGUGCAUUCAGCAGGUCAAACGUCUAAGAGAGAUGAGUCCUUUAUGGGAGAUGGUCCAGGAAGGCAUUGAUAUUAAGAGCAUCAAAUGGACCCAGCAUUGAAUUGUUUCCAACGGCAAAGAGUUCAAAGACCUGCUGCAGUGUUGUACAGCUCGAUUAGGCUGCCAUACUGGGACUUCUUAGAACGUCUUGUUCCCUCAAAAAACACGCACAAUUUUAUUUAACAAAUGUGGGUAAUUGAGCUUGUCUAUGUGGAGUUAAUUUAAGCUGUUAUAGCUAUUAAGUGCUUUUUGAUGAAUUUGCAGGUAAUACUGAGGAUAUGUGUUUCGUCAAUUACAUAGCUUGAACCAACUUUCAAGUCGAGUUUGGAUUGAUUGUUAUUCCAUCCACGCAGUUAAUCUGUGUAGCCUGUGAAACUAAAUCUCUCAAAAUGUUAUUCUGAAAACACAUUUGAAUAUAAACAUGCACUGAAAUUUGCACUUCUGUAUCAUUUUUUUUUCUGUGUGAGCUCAUUACAAUAUACCUUGAAUUGCACGAUAUUGUCUCCAAUUCCUGAGAACUGUACUUUUAGUGUUUGUGACAAUCAUUUAUAAUUUCAAUAAUCAGUUAUGCUUUGUUACAGUUAACUUCGUGUUAGGCAAGUCAGAUGCUACAUCAUAUUCAGUAGUUACGCUUUCAAAGAGGUGCAGUUUAUUGGUGAGUUUCUGAAUCCUAUACAAAACCCAUAAGAGCGAAACCUUAAAUCUUUUGCAUAAAAUAGGAUGGAUAUUAGGUGGUGUUAUUAAAUUCACCUGUCCAUUUAAGUAGGCUCUUGUGUAAAAAAAUCAUUCACAUUUUGUCUAUUUCUUCCACAAUUGCAAUUCACAGCUUAUGUGGUAUAUAUAGAUGUAUAACUAUCAUUUAUUCAAAAGUGUAUGUAAUAUCAAUAAACAUCCACACCAAA